AUGUAUUGGAAACCGGGGUCAGGAAAUUAUACUUACAUUGCUCAAUCGACGGCAGACCAACUUCAAGGACCCAUCAUCAGUGGUAUCGUAUCUGUAGGGGCGACAUAUGAUGGAAUGGUCCUGAAUAGUAUUGAUCUUCCUAUUCAAAUUUCCGCGCCAUAUCAAAGUCUUUCUCAAGCGACGAAUGCGAAAUUUCAACAACUUCAAGAACUGUGGAUUCCUAAUCGACAGGCUUGGCGAAUGACCACCAGAGACGUAAACAAGUUGGUCUCCAAUGCUCAAACCAUCGUGAUGACGCAUCUGACUGACGUGGAUACGGAAUGGGGUAGAUCAAUCAAACAAACUUUGGACGGCACGGAAGAUACUCUAUGGUCAGAGGUGAAGAUCGAGUUGAAGACGAUAGGGGAGGAAGUGGAAAGAAUAAUAAUCAAGAGUCAUUUCGAUGGGGUUUGUUGGGCUAACGAAUGUGCUGUUGACCUACCGAGAAUCAUAAAAGAUACUGAAUGUUCACUAGGGGGAUGUUUCUGGCCAGUUCUACUCAGCGAUCUUCGAGACCAUCUCAUCUGA